GGUGUUGAGCAUAAAAUGGCGCACAGUGCAGUGGGCAGAGAAACAGAUGAUGAUCAGCCACACAGAGAAAUGGCAGAAGCCAGUUUCUCAUGGGCUGAGGAUCAGUUCAGCUGUCCAGUGUGUCUGGAUCUCCUGAAGGAUCCAGUGACUAUUCCCUGCGGACACAGUUACUGUAAGAGAUGUAUCUCAGACUACUGGGAUCAGGAGGAAAUCUACAGUUGCCCUCAGUGCAGAAAAACCUUCAUACCAAGACCACUUUUAAGUAAGAAUGUGGUGUUUGCUGGGAUGGUGGAGCAACUCAACGCGAUGAGAAUCCAAUCUACUCAUGUUCCUCCUCCUGUUUCUGCUCCUCGUCAUCAUCCUCACACUGGAUCUGGAGAUGUGCAGUGCGACUCCUGCACUGGAAGAAAACAGAAAGCAGUGAAGUCGUGUCUGGAGUGUCGAAGCUCUUACUGUCAAAUUCACCUUGAACAGCAUGAGAGUCUCUUCAGAAGUAAAGGACACAAUCUGAUGGACGCCACUGGACGACUGCAGGAGAAGAUCUGCCCUCGACAUGGUAAAAUGCUGGACAUUUACUGCUAUACCGACCAGCUGUGUAUCUGUGUGCUGUGUUUGGUGGAUGAACACAGGAAUCAUGACACUGUAUCAACUGCAGCAGCGAGGACAGAGAAACAGAGACAUUUUGAAGAAAUGCAGGGAAACAUCCAGAUGAGAAUCAAGCAAAGAGAGGAAGAUCUCCAGGAGCUGAUAGAGGCUGUGGAGUCUCAUAAGCGCUCUGCACAGACGGCAGUGGACGACAGUGAGAGGAUCUUCACUGAGCUCAUCCGCUCCAUUGAGAGACGUCGCUCAGAGGUGACGCAGCUGAUCAGAUAUCAGGAACGAUCUGCAGUGAGUCGAGCUGAAGAACGACUGGAGCGACUGAUACAGGAGAUCGAUGAUCUGAGGAGGAGAGACGCAGAGCUGGAGGAUCUUUCACACACACAUGAUCAUGUUCAUUUCCUCCAGAGUUUGUCAUCAGUCUCUCUCUCUGGAUCUACAGACGGCUUCACUUUCAGUUCUCGUCUGUCUUUUGAUGAUGUAGUGAAAUCUGUCUCUCAACUCAGAGACAAACUUCUGCAGUUCUGCAGCGAGGAGACACAAAACAUAUCUGGAACAGUGAAAACCGUCCAGGUCAUUCAGUCUCCUGAAUAUCAGAUCAGAGAGGAGUUUCUACUGUAUUCUUGUCUGUUGACUCUGGAUCUGAACUCAGUGAAUAAUUGGCUCCGUCUGUCUGAGGGAAACACAAGGAUCACCGUCACUGACACACGUCAGCCGUAUCCUGAUCAUCCAGACAGAUUUGAUUAUUGGCAGCAGGCGAUGUGUAGAGAGAGUGUGACUGGACGCUGUUACUGGGAGGUGGAGUGGGCUGGAGAAGGGAAUUCAGGAGUGGCUAUAUCAGUGACGUAUAAGAGCAUCAGCAGGAAGGGAGAUGGUCCUGAUAGUGCAGCUGGACGAAACAAUCAGUCGUGGUGUUUGUUCUGCUCUCCAGACUACUGUUCAUUCUGGCACAAUAACAUUGAGACGGUUCUUCCUGUAGUCAAUGUCUCCAGUAGAAUAGGAGUGUAUGUGGAUCACGGCGCAGAGAUUUUGUCCUUCUACAGCGUCUCGGACACAAUGAGUCUCAUCCACAGAGUCCAGGCCACAUUCACUCAGCCGCUUUACGCCAUGAUUGGAUUAGGUAGACAGGCAGCAGUGAAACUGUGUCGUCUGACCAAUUAAAUCAGACAUAGAUUGUACCCCUGUAGCAGGUGUUCAAUACAGUUUUGUAAACUUGUGUUUACUUGUGUUUGUUUUCAGACAUGAUAACAGUCGUUUAAUAGACUUGUGCUUAUGCAAUAUCAUUAAUUUUUAUCGUGGAUGGUUAAUGACUCUCCACAACCUGCUUUUCUAGAAAUAUGGUAGUAUCGUAUCAUACUACAGCGCACAUUUUAUCAGCUGCCAUUCUGGCGCCUCAAGCUUUGUUUAUACUCGCUGCGUCCGCACGAGCGCGAAGUUGCGCUAGGGCCCAUUUUGUUUGGCGAUGUGCGUGGCAGAUUUUGUAACAGCGCGUGCGGCUCCACAUCCGAAGAUGCACGACUUCGAGCCGAAUGUGGCCAAAGAAUGAGCUAUUCUUUCAAAGAAUAGCAUAACGGCGAGCGCAUCAAGUAUAAACACCUGCAGUGUUUGACUGCGGUCACGCCAUCUGUGCUCUGGACAAGCGCGGUCACGCCA